UGAACAUUUCAGGGUCAAGAGGAUACGCGUUAAGUUUGAUGGAUUUUCGAGAGGUGUUGGCUUUGGCAAAGAAAAAGCAGUCUAAACAUGAUAAUGAGGUAGUCCUCGCUCAAUUCAUUCCUGAAAGUUUAAGGUUAAACGUAUUGAAGAACAGGCAAAACAACGUGAACUCGAGAAGAAAAAGCAAAUGGAGAUUGCAGACAAAUUGAACCGCAAGUUUACAAAACAUAAUCUUUUGACGAACAAUAAUGUAAAGGUCCAGAAUCAUAGUAACGUUACUACGUCUCUUUCUUUGGCGACCACAGUCAAUGUUUCCACAGUAAGAUCUAAAACAUUUAGUUCAAACACAAGUACAGUUUGCAAACCUGAAAAAGCAACAGUCUGUAAAGAUACAAAGGAUGAAAACGGUAAAGUAGCCAAUAAGCCAUUACAAGACACCGUUUUAUCAUACCCUUCAAAGUUCAACUCCAAGAAAAGUGACGGAAUGCAGUCAAAGCCUAACCGCAUUUCUUUUACAGAAAUGAUGGAAUUGGCUAAGAAAAAUGUGCACCAAACUUUGGACAGAAAAAGACCGUUUGAUGAUCUUAUUCCUUGUGCUGUUGAUUCAAAAUAUAGAAAGUUAGACUCUAAUCCCAUUGAUAGUUCUAAACCUACACUUACCACUUCAAAAGACGUUACCAAAACUAAGUCACAGUUAGCGUCAAACUUACCAGAAUCUUCGAAGGCUUCCCAAAAGUUAGAGUUACCAAAGUUUUCUCAAUCUGUUGGUUCGAACGGUCUUAGUAAAACUGGCCACAAAAGUGUAAUGGAAAAAGUUGUUCAACAUCUUGAAAAAAGCCACCGAGUUCCCUACGAUUCGCACCAGAAGAAUAGUCAUUCUAUUGAACGUACUACUUGUGCAAGCCACUCUGCAACGUUACGAGAGAUCAAAGCGAAAUCCCCAGAGCUACCCAAGACAUCAAAAGUCCAUCUUCCCAAAGAAAGUAAACCACCACCUAAAAAUUCCACCAAUUCAAAGUUGGUUUCUUUCAAUGUGAACAAUAAGAAGUCAGUAGUCGCACAAGCUCCCAAAACAGCAGCUUCCCAAGCUUUCGGUAAUGUAAAAAUUUCUUUAUCUAAAACUGCCCCUACUUCAAAUAAGGAAGGCAUAAAAAACCUUAACAAGAACAGUAAUAGCAUUAACCAAAAAUUGAAAGAAAAUCCUCAGUCUAGGAAUGUUGAUAACAGAACCGAAAGAAGAGGUAUAGCUGCACAGUUAGGUGUUAACUUCCAGUCUCAAAAUAGCACCAAUAUGUCUGCUUCCGAUUCUGCUGAAGAAGAUGAAUAUAUGAGCGAUGACAGUUUCAUAGAUGAUAGUGAGGCACUCCAAUCAAAGGAGUACGCUCGAGUCGUUCGUGACAUUCAUCGUGCUCUGAAGUUUGAUCCCCGGAAGUAUAAGGAUGUCAAUCCUUAUGAAGAUCUACGUUGUAUGGAGGCAAAAUACUGUGAUAUAGAAAAAGAAGAACGUAGAAGUGCACGUUUGGCAGCUCUAGAAGAUAAUGAAGAACUGAUCCGUGAUAUGAUGCGACGAAAGGAGAAAAUGGUGAAAAGAAGGCAGCAACUUCUAGGCAGUGAUAAUGAUUGAUUUUACAUUUUUCUUUCUAAUUCAGGUUUACCGUUGUCUUUCUGUUAAAUAUGCGUGUUAUUUCUGUUGUACAACUGUAAUUUAUUGUCUGUUAAACACCAGAGAAAUUGUUUGUUUGAAAUGUUAUUUCAUUUCUUUUUACCCAACAAGGUAGCAAUUAUAUAUAUGACAUUAUGUGGGUAAAUCGUUAUGAGUUUUCAUAAAAUUCAAUCUUACCACCAGAGAGUAAACGAAAUCCCAAUAAGGAAAGAAGUAUUAGUGCUAAAUGAAUGAAAUGUCAUUCGUAAACUAAUUCAUGGUGCACCUGUGACUUUUCAAGUCAUUUUUUCCAAAUAUUGCUGACAGUUAUGUGUUUAUCAUAUUUCAUAUCGCUCUUAAAGUUCGCAAAUAAAUGAAUCCACUGGUCACAGAAUUCAGCAUACCUAAUCAUGCAUAAUGAUAAUAAACAGAAGUAUUCAGAUUCGGUAUGUUAACUAGUGAUUCUCAGGAUUGUUAAAUCUGUACUCUGAUACAAAUUAUACACCAGAAUACCUUCAAAUGUGCUCACAGACUUCUCUGACUUGAAUACUGGUCCACAUAUGAUUAUUAGUCAGUCAGUCACAACGUAGACCUUCG